AUGACAGAUUUUCUAGAACUUGGAAUGCUUCUAAAUGUUAUGUGGAGAACUUCUGAACUGCAAUUGAUUAAUACAGGAAUACGUGACACCAGAAUUUUACCUACUUCAUUUCCACCUUCACCUCCUUUAUACCUUCGUAACUAUAAAAUUUCGGCUGCUGAAGAUAACGACAAUAAAACAGAAAUAACUAGACCUGAAGAUCGUGAUAAUUUAACUGAUAAUAUUUAUUUUGAAAUAUCUUCUGCUACUAUGUAUUCCGCGUCAAGAACUUCACGUCGUUCUACUUCACGAUAUUCUUUCGCUGCGAAUCAUAAUAAUAAUGUUAACGGUGGCGAUUCUUUUACCAACUAUAUUGAUUUUGACGCACCGUUUACGCCUGUGCAAUUACGACAAAGUGACAAAGAUUUUUCCGAGUCACGUGAAGCAAAUAUUCCGAGAUUUAUUCAACAUAAUAAUGGUAAUGGAAGGUCUUUAUACACAUCAUCUUUACCCGUUAUGCAUUCAGAAGGAAAUCCAAGGGAUUAUUUAAGAAAUGAUGAGUAUUGUACAAGAACAAUCACUAAUUCGUCACGAUCGGUACCGGUACGAAACAAUGAACCACAAUACGAACAGAGAGCCACAGGGAGACGACGGAAUCAUCUGCAAGCAUCUUUUUUAGGCUCAUCACAUAUAUCGUGGCUUGGACAACAUCCACAUGCAUUCACAAGCAUUCAACAACAUUACGGACACGAUAGUCCAGAUUUAUCGCAAAAAAGCUCGAAUGAGAUGGUAUUAUUACCAGAAUCAGAAACUUCCAAAUCAGUCCAUUCUUCUCAAGAAUUAAUACCUGAGCUCUUCCUCUUUAGUAUUUUUGAUGCGAUCAUGAAAUAUCUUAAUGCGAGAUACGCGUUAAGAUCAUCAUUAAAAAAUUCUAGAUAUGUUGCUUUACUACGUGUACCAAUUUUAAAAAGAUCUUUUGGUGGUUUUAAAGGAACAUGUAUCUUGGCAAAAGAACUAGUCGCAGAAAUGGCUCUUAAAGAAUUGAUAAAACAAAUGCCUCACGUUGUUUACAUAGUAUUGAAAUCUAAAGGACUGGAUGAUGUUAUGGAUAUAAAUGAAUUAGAAGAACUUUGUGCAAAUGAAAAUAAGGUGACAAUGGAAAGUAAGAAUGGAUUAAAACAGAUACAUCCGAUGUGCAAAGAACACUGCCGUGAGGAAGAUAAUGAAAUUGAGAAAUUGGAUGAAAGUAAUUUAAAAACUUAUUGUCCUAUUGAAAACUCGAAAGAAAAGAGCUCGACAAUAUCUCAAUUUUCAGAAGAAAAAUGCAACAUUUCACAAAUCUGUUCUAUUUUAAAUAUUUACAAAUCUUUUCCUUUGAUUAUGGCGUCAACAGGAGUUAGUAAGACGAAUUGGGUUCGCAAAAUAUUUCAACGAAUGCUUGAUGGUGGAUUUGAUGGAUUUCUUAUGAAAGAUAUGGCAAUAACAAAUGCAACGGAUGGCAAAGUCAGUGCUGAAAUACUUAUUCAAGCACAUCAUAUGAAUCGUCUAAAAACAGCUCAUGGAGGAAUGAUAGCAUCUUUAGUUGAUGUUUGUGGAUCACUAGCUGUAGCAUCUAAGGGAAUGCACCUUACAGGAGUUAGUACGGAUAUAAAUGUUUCAUAUAUCGGAUCGGUGGGAAAAGGAGAUACUUUACUUGUGAACGCAGAAUGUGUAAAGCUUGGUAAAACACUUGCAUUUACCAUUGUAGAAAUGCACAAUAAAAAUGAUGGAAGAUUAGUAGCUCAAGGUAGACACACUAAAUACGUUGCUAUUGCUCAUACUGACCCUGAAAAUGAGUUUAAGAUUGAAAAUGCAAAAAUGUAA